AUGGAAAAACAACGAUUGAAAGAUUUGCCCUUGGACCAAUUGAAAGCUGAGGCUUUGCGAUACGGUUUACCUCUCUCAGAAAGGAGAUAUGUGUUGAUAGAGAUAAUAGCAGCACCUCUUGAAAGUCACGGCCCGGUACAGGACUUCGUUCAAAAUUUUAAUGUACCUGCAGCACGGAUGAUACAAGAGGAGCAUGCGGAGUCAUUGAUUAAAGUUGAGAGGCCUACUGAAAUUAAUCCUGCACAACCGGACGUAGUGGCGAUGUUGGCCCAGACGAUGGAUCAGAUGCAAUUGAUAAGUGCAGUGAACCAAAAUAUUGUUAAUUUACAACAGCCUCCUAGACCUCAAAGGGAUUUUUCGCCGGUAUCUCACUCACUGGCAACGAGUGAAAGAUCCGCAACGAGUUCAAGUUCGACGGCAAAUGCGGUAACAUUGUUGACCUUACAAAUUCCAGAGUUUUCGGGGGAGCCUUCCAAAAACGUGAGAUGGUGGAUACAACGAGUGGAGCAAAUGGCGAGAGCUCAUCGAACUACGGAGAAUAUAACGAUGUUAGCAGCUUCUAGUAAAUUCACAAAAAUUGCGAGAAAAUGGUAUGAUUCGCAAACGGGCGCCGUUCUGGAGUCAUGGACAAGUCUGAGAUACAGUUUAAUCAGGAUGUUCGACUGUCGCAUUCCUUUCCUAGCGACGAUGCAAAAAGUCGAAGCGAGGAAAUGGCAACAGACUAAGGAGCUGUUUCAAGAAUACGCUAUAGACAAGAUGUCCAUAAUAUACAGUUUGAAUCUUUCAGUACAAGAUGCGAUCAAUCUGCUUAUUGGAGGAAUCAUAAGUGAAGCGUUGAAAGCGAUAGCUGCGACGAUCCGCAUGGAUUCAGUGGAUCAAUUUAUAGAAUAUAGGUGCCAAUUAGUUGCCACGGUGUGUCACGAUGAGAAAUCGUCUGCGCCGUCAGGCAAGGGGCCAUCAGGCGCAAGACAGGCGGACCGAUGGAGAGUCAGAUUGUGUAAGAACUGUGGCAAAAAGGGGCAUCAUCAUACAUAUUGUCGAUCGGCUCAAGUAAUGUGUUUCUUCUGUAAAGAGACAGGUCAUCGGUCGUUUGAGUGUCCUAAGUCAAAAAGACGUGAUCAGACAGCGUCAAUGCGAAAUCCGACUACGUCAGUGGCAAUAACGCAGGUUCGGCAGACGGAGCGAUCAAGCGUCGGAGAUGGGACUUCGGCAAUGGACCAGGUGUCAUCCGUCUUAGCAAUCUCCCAACAAUGGAAAAUACCGAUAAGUGAUCCUUAUCUAGUGGUUGUAGAAAUAAGCGGUAUGCGUUGUAAUUUGAAAGCGUUGUUAGAUACGGGUAGUCCGGUAUCAUUUAUUAAAAGUUCAUUAUGCGGAAAAUUGGUACAAGAUAGUAGAUUAGAAGAAGAUCGAGAUGUACGUCGUUUUAAUACUUUGUCGAGUCACGCGAUAGACGUGUUAGGUGUGAUGAGAAUGAGCAUUCGAUUAAGUCUGACAUUCGAGUUGUUAUUGACUGUCGAUUUUAACGUGUUAAAGUCAAAUGAUUUUGAAUAUGAUGUAAUAUUAGGUCGCGAUUUUCUAAUGGAUAAAUUAACGUUAUCAUUUGAGUUGUCAUCGGAGUUGAAAGAUAACUGUUUUGGAGAAUUUCCACGGGCGGAUAUUUAUGCGGUGUCGAAUGUUAAUCCGGUGGAAGAUGCUGUGAUAGAUUUCGGUUCGGGAGUCAAGAAUAAAUUGGUUAAAGUAUUCGAAGAGGUUGAAAAGUUUGAAUGUCCUAUCGCGGAAGACAAUUACGCGGUGCGUGUGAAUUUAGUAGACCAUUCGAUUUACGCAUAUGCGCCGAGAAAGUUCGCGUUUCAAAAGAGAAAACAGAUUCGCGACAUCAUAGAUGAUCUAAUAGCGAGGAAAAUUGUCAAACCGAGCACAUCACAAUAUUGUGCGAGGAUAGUGCCAGUGCGCAAGAAGGACGGUAGUCUGCGUCUUUGUGUUGACUUCAGGCCUCUGAACGAGAGAGUGGCGAAACAAAAGUUUCCGUUCCUUCUGAUCAAGGAUUGUUUAGCCCGGCUAGGAAAUCAUUGCGUGUUUACUUUAUUAGAUUUAAGGGAUGGUUUCCAUCAAAUAAAGGUGCAUUCGUCUGAUACUAAAUAUUUCUCGUUUGCGACCCCGGAUGGUCAGUACGAAUAUACGUGUCUUCCGUUUGGGUUUUACCGUAGAUUCGAAUAUCGAGGUGAUUAA